AUGUGGUUGAAGAGCAUUACAGGCAACAAGGACAACCCUAGAGGGGCCAGGAGAGUCGUCCCCUUCAGUGAUGACAAUCAGCCUGACAAGGUUUAUACCGAGAUGUACUCGAUGCCCAAUGGUGAACAAGCUCUAGAGCAGGACCAUGAGGGCAAGGACAGCGCGGAGGAGAGUGGUGAUUGGGAGUCACAGGACGACGAUGAUGAAGACGAGAGCGACGAAUCAGACGACGAGGAGGUAGCCGACUCGCCGCCUUGUUCAGAACAUCGAUCCAAGCAGCACCAUGAUCCAACGGGCGGGCGCGCUCCACGAGACAUCGUCGUGCUUCCUGAUGAUGAUGAAGAAGAAAUGCCUCCGAAGGAGAGGAGGAGGAGAGGCAAAGGCUCGAGCAGGAGAGGGCUUGAAGUUCAAGUCCCUCAGUCGACGCCGGUGUUUGAGGCGGUGGUCGAGCGAUCGGGAGAUCCGGUGAAGGUGAUACACGAGGCCAGUCAGGUGGCCUAUAACGCUAGCACCGCACUGCAGACCAAUGUUAAGAGGUCCUGUGAUCUUGGGGCUCAACUUUCUGAGUUGAACAAGAAUCAAAUCAGCCUGCAACUUGAUCUUGAACUGGCGAAGAAGAACCUCAAGACUGCUCAAGAACAAACAGCCCUCAUGGGAGAUGUGCGGAGUGAAAACUAUCAGCUUCGAGCUCGUCUGAAGAGUGUUGUUUCUUUAGAGAAAAUGAAGGAAGCUCCGGAGAAGAAAGAUCUGGAUCUUGCUGCUGCUCAGAAGGAGGCGCGAGAAAAGACAGCACUCGCGGACAAGAAGCUGGCUUCGGUCGGCAAAUUGGAAGAGGAGAACUCGAAGCUAUAG